AUGCAACAUUCGAUGCAACAUUCUUCGAUGCUUUUACCCCAGAUUCACGAGCGACUAAAGCACGGCCUCAACCGGCCCAUUAACGACACAUUCACAAAGACCUUGGUCCGCAAGUACUUUGACAACAACAAAAAGGAAGAUUUUUUGGUCUAUGCCAAGGCCUUGGGAGUCCCCGACUCGUUGGCUCUCGAUACCUAUUCAAUGAUAAAUGAAAACGCCAGCUCUUUGGAUGAGGAAUUGAGCCACGAGCCAAAGGUGAAGAGCCACAAGAAGACAAAAAACAAGCUUGAUUUGGGAUUGGAACAAUCUGAUGAACAAGUACUGGUUCCUCUUAAGCGCGAGAAUCAACUAUUGGAUCUUUUGGAAGAAGAACAAAAACCAAAAAACCAAAGCAUGAAAUUCAAAAAAAUCAAGAAACAAGACGCAAUUCGAUUGCGUGGAUCGCCAAAAGAGCUUCCUGGCUUACAAGAAACCGAAAGCACCAAAAAUCUGAAUGGCCCAGUCAAUCGCAAACCACAAACGAUAGCAGAAAUGGCAGCUUUGGAAAGUAAUACCCAACCACAAGAACCAGAAACCAACCUGAAGGACUACGAGCUGUCUGACGAUGACAUUGACAAGGUGGGUCAAGACAGAGAUUGGUAUAUGACAGAUGAGAUGGGCCAUGCCAUGGACUACGAUUAUUCUAAUUUCAACCAAGAACCUAUCAAACCCACGCCUAGACGUAAGAUGAACGCUACUGGUGGUCAUUUCGACUCACGAACGGGAGAUUAUAUUGACUAUGACCACGAUAACCAAAAUUUGCACAGAGUUCCCAUCACCACUCACCAUUUUGUUCCUCCAUUUUUACAAAGCCUUGAGAGGUAUUUGCAGCCCAAUUUGGUAGAGAAAGUCAAGGAAAAGGGCACGAUCAAUCCUAUCAAAAACCCAAACUCAGAAUUGGCCAUUUCUGCCAAACGAGGAAGUUUCGUUGUCAACGAAAGACGAAGCAAAAAUGAACGUGCGAAACAAGCAAAAGAUUCAAGCAGUUUACAAGGCACAGCUCUAGGAAAUGUUCUACAAAUCAAAGAGGAGAAAGAAGUUUCAGCCACCACAUCUGGUGCUGAAGAAAAAGUGGACAAAGAAUUGAUUCAAAAGCAAAGAAAGUCACUACCUGCAUUUGCAGUGAGGCAUGAACUACUUCGUACAAUUGCCGAAAAUCAAGUAACAGUGGUUAUUGGAGAAACUGGAUCUGGUAAGACGACUCAAUUGACUCAAUUCCUUCUUGAAGAUGGGUUUGGGAGCAAUUUGGCAAAAAAUGGAGAGCGACUAAUGAUAGGGUGUACUCAGCCAAGAAGAGUGGCCGCCAUGUCGGUUGCAAAAAGAGUAAGUGAAGAAUAUGGGUGCAAGCUAGGAGAAGAGGUUGGAUAUUCCAUUCGAUUUGAAGACGUCACAACCAAAGAAAAGACCAUUAUCAAGUAUAUGACAGAAGGUGUUUUGCUUCGAGAAAUCUUGAUGGAUGCGAAUCUUGAACAUUAUUCUUGUAUCAUUAUGGAUGAAGCUCACGAACGGUCUCUUAGUACAGAUGUGUUAUUGGGGCUCUUUCGAAACUUGAUAAGGCGCAGAAAAGACCUAAAACUCAUCAUCACCAGUGCAACCAUGAAUGCCGAGCGGUUCAUGAAUUUUUUUGGCGAUGUUCCUCAGUUCACCAUUCCAGGCAGAACUUUUCCAGUAGAUACCUUGUUCAGCAAAUCCACCUGCUCGGACUAUGUUGAUGCUGCCGUGAAGCAGGUGAUGACAAUUCACCUUCAAAAUUACAGCAAAUACAAAAGAAACGACGGUGAUAUUUUGGUGUUCAUGACCGGUCAAGAAGACAUUGAAAUGACGUGCGAGCUCGUUCGGGAAAAGCUAGCUCUUCUAGAUGAUCCUCCACCUCUCGAUGUGUACCCCAUAUACUCGACGAUGCCUGCGGAUUUGCAAAGAAAAAUAUUCGACAAACCUUCGGAAACAAGACGAAAAGUGGUGGUCGCAACCAACAUUGCCGAGACGUCGCUCACAGUCGAUGGCAUUAAAUAUGUGGUGGACACGGGAUUGGUCAAGUUGAAGGUUUACAAUCCAAAACUUGGAAUGGACACUCUUCAAGUGGUACCCAUAUCUCUUGCCAAUGCCCAGCAAAGAAGCGGAAGAGCUGGUAGAACUGGGCCUGGUUUGGCGUAUCGUCUUUAUACAGAAAGAGCCAUUGGGGAAGAUCUGAUGUACAUCCAGCCAAUUCCAGAGAUACAGAGAACAAAUCUCACCAAUGUGAUGCUUCUACUCAAGUCGUUGAAGGUUGAAGAUGUCACCAAAUUUCCAUUCCUCGAUUCUCCUCCAACAGACCUAUUGAGUAACUCUUUAUAUGAUCUCUGGAUCAUGGAGGCAUUGGACAAUUGUGGAAACCUAACGUCUCUAGGCCAUAAUAUGAUGGUUUUUCCCAUUGAAGCCACCUUGUCGAAACUCAUUUUUCUAAGUUGUCGUCCCCAAUUUUCGUGUUCUUCGGAAAUCGUUACCAUAGUUUCGAUGUUAUCGGUUCCCUCCGUUUUCUUUAGACCCAAAGAACGAGCACAAGAAAGUGAUGCUGCCAGAGAACGAUUUUUCGUUGCAGAAUCUGACCACUUGACCCUCUUGAAUGUGUACAACCAAUAUGAAACCCAGCGCUCGAAAGGCAGAAAAACUGCUGCUUGGUGCUCCAAGAACUUUCUUCACCACAAGUCGCUUUCAAGAGCCCGAGAUAUUCGCAACCAGCUUAUCCUCAUCAUGAAGAAGAACAAACUACCAAUCUUAAAAUCCACCAAUAAUGAUACAAUCAGAAAGUGUCUCUGUGCUGUGUACUUUCACCAGCUGGCAACGCUAGCUAAAACAGACUUUAACAAGGGCUCAGUGUAUACCCACUUGCGGCAAAGUUAUAUGAACAUGCAUUUGCACCCAACGUCGGCUCUUAAUAGUGGAGCAGAAGCCAUGGCAAGCCAUGUGAUUUACCAUGAGUUGAUCUUGACAACGAAGGAGUAUAUGAGCUGUGUUACCGUGGUGGACCCAGUGUGGUUAUUAGAGUUUGGUGCCAUUUUUUUCGAUACCACUCCAGCUGUCAAGCAAAGAAUUCAAGAGCAAUAUGGGGUAAGUUUGAGGAGCAAAGAACAGGUUAUAAAAGAGCUCGAGCGGGACUCACAGGCUCUUCUGGUUGAGGAAGCUAAGGUGAAGAAGGAGUCUAAGCAUUCGAGGUUGGGGAAGAAGAGGGCGUUCUAA